AUGUCACGAGAAGCUUGGCACAAGCGAAGAGUGGGACCAUCGGGCUCUCCCGGAAAGGCACAUCGGUCUGUAAACUCAGAGGGCAAGUGGUGGAUAAGAAAUGUCAGAAAGGAGGUCGGUGGAUCUCAGAAAAGCUGUAGGAGAAGCCCUGGACGGCGGCAGAGAAGAGAGCAAGGCUGUGAGAGCCCUAGAAGAGGGAAACCCGACGAUGCAUGGAGAGACUCUGGCAACAGCUUGGCUUCGGAUCAUUCUGGAUGGGACGAGAAUUGUUCUGGAUGGGACGAGAACUGUUCUGGAUGGGACGAGAACUGCGCUGAGCACGUCUGUAGAUACGUUCCGAAUGGCUCCUGGGACAGCUCCUGUUACUCCUCCCACGACUGGCUGGUAGACGACCGAAUACCAUCGAAGCCUUCUGGUAUCCGCUUCCGCCUGGACCAGGACACUGCGCAGGUGUUGUGUGGACCUUCCUGGGCAUGGCCCGACACGCGGACGGGCACCGGACCGAUGAGACCACGGAUCGUCGGAAAUCUGAAGGAACUGGGUGGCGGUGACGAUGAUUGCUGGGACCCGCAGGGAGGCCUUGACCUCUGGUGGGAAGGAGAUUGCUGGACCUCCACAGUCAUCUCCCUGGACCCGGAUGUGGAUGUGGAGUUUUGCGUAGUCCGCCUGGACCAGGGUGAGAGCCAUCCUGGCCUCAUGCAGCCCUGGCAGAGAGUGGAGAUGCAUGAUGCUCGUCACUUCACCUGGGGCCCGAAGCUCAAACUCCGGAGCCCCCGAGCCGGUGAGGUGGCGGAGGUCUUCCUGCGAGCCUCGAACUGUGAUUGCCGCUCCGCAUCUUGGGCGUCACCGCCCGUGUGGCUCAGAUGCAGAGAGGAGCUCGUAGCUGGCCCAGACCGGCCGUUGCCUUGGUCCGACCAGCCACCUGGCACCCAGCGCUGUUUCACCUUCGAUGCCUCCAGCGGCACCACGCUAAAGUUCAGCUUGUACCUACCCACCGGAUACAAACAUCAGCCGGACGAUAUGUACGAUGACAUGGAGGGGUGGCCAUUGGUGGUCUUCUUGCACUCGAUGCAUGGGAAGAUUGAGGGCGACAACAAUCUGUUCUUUGAGUCCGACACGGCCCUUCGCCUUCUCCAGGGCGAUGAACGCUGUCCGGCAACUCUGAAGCGAAAGUGCAUCUUUCUCGCACCCCAAUGCCCGAUCGACGCAGAGAGAGGUGACGCCGCUGGCGUGUGGCUUCGACGGGGCUGGUACGAAGAUUCCCAGUACGACGAGGAGGUGGAGGUGGCUUUGGUGGAGCUGACUGCCUUGGUCCGAGACAACUAUCGGGUGGACUGGAACAGGGUGACCAUCAUGGGCUCCUCCAUGGGCGCUUACGCUGCCUUGGAGCUGACCUCGCGCCGACCGUAUCUGUUUUCGGCUGCGGUGCUUGUGGCGGCUCACUACGACCUGGAGCCCAUGGGGCCUCUGGUCCUCAAGCUAGCGGACCAAGAACUACCCAUGUGGUUCAUCCAUGCCGAGAAUGACAAUGUUUGUCCCUUCGAAGAGGUCGAGGUGCUCGUGCAGAAGCUGAGGCGGUACUCCCGUGCGGAGAUUCGCCUCACCCGCUACGAGGACAACUGGAGUGGUCAGGGGCACUGCGCGGAUCGCGUCGCCUUUUGGGCUUUCAGCUGGGACCCGGCGGUUCCUGCUUGCGGUGAGGAGGUCUUUCUGUGGCUGACCUCCAGGGCCUAG